GAUCCAGUCGCUCUACAACGUCUACCCGGACAUUAUCACGCGGCAGAUGGGUCUCAAGAUCUGCGAAGACACGAUCGUCGGCAACGCCAUGCUCCGCGGUGUCUCGGGCGGUGAGCGCAAGCGCGUGACGGUCGGCGAGAUGGAGUUUGGCAUGAAGCAGGUCUCGUUCAUGGACGAGAUCAGCACGGGUCUCGACUCGGCGGCUGCGUACGACAUUGUCAAGUCGCAAAAGUGCAUGGCCGAGUCGCUCAAGAAGACGAUUGUGAUUGCGUUGCUGCAGCCGUCACCCGAGUUGUACAACCUCUUUGAUGACGUCAUGCUUCUCAACGAAGGCCACGUCAUGUACCACGGCUCUCGAGCGCUCUGCUUGGAGUACUUUGAGUCGCUCGGAUUCAAGUGCCCGCCGAAGCGCGAUGGGGCCGACUUUCUUCUCGACCUCGGCACGCCGCAGCAAGACCAGUACGUCGUCGACUGUGCGACGUCGGUACCGCGCACGCCCAGCGAUUACGCCGACGUGUUUCGCCAGUCGGCCAUCUACCACGAGAUGAUGAGCUAUCUCGAGGGUCCGCACCAUCCGCUUCUUCUCGCGGACGCGGCCAAGCACAUGGCCGAGAUGCCGGCGUACCAAGUACCGUACGUGCAGAGCACGCAGCAGCUCAUUGCGCGUCAGCUGAAGGUCAUUCUCCGCAACACGGCGUUCGUCAAGAGCCGCUUCAUCAUGGUGCUGUUCAUGGGCCUUCUGUACUCGACGACGUUUUACCAAGUCGACUCGGCCAAUCCAUUCGUUGUGCUUGGUGUCGACUUCUCGGCAGUACUCUUUCUUGCGAUGGGUCAAGUGCCGCUCAUGCUGGCGGCUCUGGAAGCGCGCAACAUUUUCUGCAAGCAGCGAUCGGCCAACUUUUUCCGGACGUCGUCGUUCAUUUUGGCGCAGUCGUUCACUCAGGUGCCGUUUGCGCUCGGUGAGACGCUGGUAUUUGGCUCGAUCAUGUAUUGGAUGACGGGCUUUGUCUCGGAAGUCGGCGCGUUCUUCGUCUACUUGCUGCUCCUCUUUCUGACCAACUUGGCGCUUACGUCGUGGUUCUUCUUCCUCGCGGUCGUCUCGCCCGAUCUCCACAUUGCCAAGCCCGUGGCGAUGCUCUCCAUCUUAUUUUACAUCGUGUUUGCGGGUUUUGUCCUUGCGCCGUCCAUCAUGCCAGACUACUUUAUCUGA